GUCGCUGUGCGUAAUCACAAUGCAUCUACUGCUAGCUGCUAGCCGCUAGCCAGCGGAGCUGAUGCAGUAAGGGAGAGUUGAUGCUGUUGGGUUCCUACGCCGCCGAGUUUGCCAUUAGCAGAAUAAUAAAGGUUUUAUAGUUAUAAAGUAAAACGGCUGCGGCUAGUGAGAAAAGUCGCAGGAGUCGGUAUAGCUAGCAGUUUUCGUAUUGUCACUGGCUGACCGUCGAGCAUUCCAGUUUGUCCGGUCAGCACCAUUCCAGUAAAUCAUGGCUGAACCAGAACUUCUGCUGGAUUCCAACAUCCGCCUGUGGGUUGUGUUGCCCAUUGUGUUCAUCACUUUUCUCGUGGGGGUCAUUCGACAUUACGUCUCAAUCUUGUUACAGAGUGACAAGAAACUCACACUGGAGCAGGUUUCAGACAGCCAGGUUCUCAUUAGGAGCAGAAUAUUAAGAGAAAAUGGAAAAUACAUUCCUAAACAGUCCUUCCUGAUGAGAAAAUUUUACUUCAAUAACUCAGAUGAUGGAUUCUUUAAAAAGACAAAAAGAAAAGUAGUGCCUCCUUCCCCCAUGACUGACCCAAGCAUGUUGACAGACAUGAUGAAAGGCAACGUGACUAAUGUUCUUCCCAUGAUCCUUAUUGGUGGUUGGAUCAACUGGACCUUUUCUGGGUUUGUCACAACUAAGGUACCGUUCCCUCUCACACUCCGUUUCAAGCCUAUGUUACAGCAAGGGAUAGAGUUGCUCUCACUUGAUGCAUCCUGGGUUAGCUCAGCAUCCUGGUAUUUCCUGAAUGUCUUUGGACUAAGAAGCAUGUAUUCCUUGAUUCUCGGACAGGACAAUGGUGCAGAUCAGUCUCGUAUCAUGCAGGACCAGAUAAGCGGUGCUGCUAUGGCGAUGCCUGCUGACACGAACAAAGCAUUCAAGGCUGAAUGGGAGGCAUUAGAGUUGACAGACCAUCAGUGGGCAUUAGACGGUGUGGAGGAGGAUCUGAUGAGCAAGGACUUGGAUCUUUCUGGCAUGUUCAGUAAAGAAUUGCCUACAGGCAUUUUCUAAAGGCAUUAAAGGACAUCCGCAUAAAAUGUAAUUGUGAUUAAACUGUGUGGACCGAAUUGGAACUAAUGGGACACAUGGUAUUUAUUCUUGCAUAAACCUCACUGCAGACAUAUCUGUGCAUGUACUGUUCUCACUGAAUUUAUUUUGGUUUAUCUUAAAGAAAAAAAGAUAUAGGUUUAAAGAAAUGAUUUCAAAUUAAUCUUCAUUUUGUAUAUUACUUUUUUGACUUUACAAAAGGACCCAUACAGUAACUUGUGGUCUGGGGUGUAUACUGUAAAACUAUCUCUAUCAUUCAGCAUGGGCACAGGUUUAUUUAGAAGUAUGUUUUGUGUAGCUGAAACAUCAGCAUGAAACAAUAAGCUUUGUAUUCAUAUAAUUCAGUUUAGUUCAAUGCCCCAGCAUAUUCAGAUAGCAACAUUCCCUGAUCAACAUUGUGUAUGUUGUGUUUUUGAUUCAUUUUAUUUAACCAGAUGAUUAACAUGACCAUAGAUGAUUAAAAAUUUAAAGAAGAAAUAAUUAGAUGGAAUUUUGAAAAUGGACCAAUUGUAAUUCACUCAUAUUAAGAGCUGUUCUUUAUUGAUUAUGACCUUUUUUCUUUUUUAUCUGUUAUGAGGGUCAGUGUUAAGCUUAUUUUCCUGAUUUCCUGCUUAAACAUCUUGUACACCUGGUAAUUAGCUUCAGUUGCGUUUUGGCAGAAAAUCAAUGGUCCUCCACAACUGAAAGUGCAGGCCUUUAAUAGAUUUAUUAAGAUUACCCGGUAGUCUUUUUAACAGAUUACACAUUCUUGUUAAUUCAUUUUGUUUAGCUGUUUUUAUAUUAUUUAUUUGUUUUGUAACAUUUUUUUUGUAAAUUGACACCGGUAUGUACUUGCAAGAAGUGCUAAUUCAUAAUAGAACUCAUUUCCCAAAGCAACAGUG